CGAGUUUCUAUUCCAUUGAAUUGAUUGUAUUAGUUUUCUGUUAAUUUUUACAAUUAAUCUUUUGUAAAUUUAAUUUGAUUCUUUCUUUUUAUUGUAAUUUACUGAUUUAUCAUGGGUCGAGUUAUUCGUGCUCAACGUAAGGGAGCAGGGUCUGUGUUCAAAAGUCACACUAAACACCGAAAAGGAGCUCCAAAAUUGAGGUCCAUUGAUUUUUCCGAGAGACGUGGUUACAUUAAAGGAGUUGUUAAGGAAAUUAUCCAUGACCCUGGUCGUGGUGCUCCUCUCGCUGUUGUAGAUUUCAAAGAUCCCUACAAAUACAAGCGUCGAAAGGAAUUAUUCAUUGCUGUUGAAGGUAUGCACACUGGUCAAUAUGUUUACUGUGGUCGACGAGCUGUUCUUCAAAUUGGUAAUGUUUUACCUGUUGGUGAAAUGCCUGAAGGUACCGUAAUCUGUAACGUUGAAGAGAAACUUGGUGACCGAGGUAAAUUAGCUCGAGCCUCUGGUAACUAUGCUACCGUUAUCGCUCAAAACGCUGAUUCAAAAAAGACCAGAAUUAAGCUUCCAUCUGGAGCAAAGAAAGUUAUUCCAGCUACCAAUCGAGCCAUGGUUGGUAUUAUUGCCGGUGGUGGUAGAAUUGAUAAACCCAUCUUGAAAGCCGGUCGUGCCUACCACAAAUAUAAGGUUAAACGUAACUGCUGGCCCAAGGUUCGUGGUGUUGCUAUGAAUCCAGUUGAACAUCCUCAUGGUGGUGGUAACCAUCAACACAUUGGUAAAGCAUCCACAGUUAGACGAGACGCUUCAGCUGGUCGUAAAGUUGGUCUUAUUGCUGCCAGACGAACUGGUAGAAUCAGAGGAGGAAAGAAGAAUGUUGGAAAGGAAGACAAGUAAACUCGUUAACAUCUUGUAGGACAAAUUAAUACCCUAAAUUAAUUCAAAUAAACUUGAUUGUUUAUGAAUAA